UAGGCAGUCAGCUAGGAAAGUCAAAGCCUAAGACUUCAGAAGCUGGACAGAGACCACAGCACACUGAUAUUUAAGCAAAAAACAUUUUGCACAGCCAUAAGGAUAAUAAGCACAGUCCAGAUCCUCAGAGACUAAUUUUCUUCUUGUACUGGGGGGUGAGAUGUAACCUCUGCACCAAUGGGAGACUGGAGCUCACUAGCGAAGCUUCUUGAGAAAGCACAGGAACAUUCCACAGUUGUUGGUAAAGUCUGGUUAACCGUCCUUUUCAUCUUUCGGAUACUAGUUUUGGGAACAGCAGCAGAGAAAGUUUGGGGAGACGAACUGUCUGGCUUUACCUGUGACACCAAGCAACCUGGUUGUCAAAAUGUGUGUUAUGACAAAACCUUCCCCAUUUCUCAUAUCCGUUUCUGGGUGCUACAGAUUAUCUUUGUGUCCACUCCAACCCUCAUUUAUCUUGGGCACAUCCUGCAACUUGUGCGUUUGGAGGCAAAGCAGAAACAGAAGGAAAAGUUGCUGCAAAGCAAAGUGGACACUCAGGGUGACAAACAGCUGGUGCACAUGCCAAUAAAGCCUGCAAAGCCUCCAGUUAAAGAUGAUAUGGGCAAAGUGCACCUACGUGGUGCUCUUUUACGGACAUAUGUUUUUAAUGUCUUUUUCAAGACUUUGUUUGAGGUAGGAUUUAUUGUGGCACAGUACUUUCUUUAUGGAUUUCAGCUGCAACCAUUGUAUACUUGUAGUCGCUGGCCUUGCCCCAACACAGUCAAUUGCUAUAUCUCACGGCCAACAGAAAAGACCAUCUUUAUCAUCUUCAUGCUGGUUGUUGCUUGCUUGUCACUGCUGCUAAACCUAAUAGAGAUUUAUUAUUUGGGAUUCAAGAAGUGCAGGGAGGGCCUGUUUUCUGUACGUUCUGAGUCAUUAGCCAAACUACCUACAAAGGCCGGCAGUGCCACACUCUCUCAAAUAAUUCCACAUUACACGCACUAUCCUAGUGAGCGAGGUUCAGGAUUCGGCCCCUCUCUUGGCUUCCCCCUUUCUGUUAACAAAAGUGCACCCACUGUGAUGGACAGCAGCAAAGCUGCAAGAAAACAGAACCGGGAGAAUCUAGCUGUAGAGCGUAAUGGGAUUCCAGAGCUGAUUGCAGCAUCUGAGAGUGGCAGCGAGAUAGACCGAAAUGAAAGAAGGAUGCCUAGCAGAAACAGCCGGCAAAGUAGCAACAGAUCGCGUCCAGGAGCACUAGCAGUUUAAGACUAUAUAUAACUUGUAUAUAUCAGGAAGCCUGGCAUGCUAAAUACAGCACCAAAGCCUGAAAAAGACAUUACUUCCAGAAAGAUAAUCCGCAAUAUGUGAUAUGACUGACAGGUCCUAAUAUAACCUUACAAGCUUGAUGGUGGUUUUAUAUUUAAAUAUUUUAUGUUUGUUUACAAAUUGCAAUAAAAAAUGUUUUGCUUUA